AUGUCAAAUGUGUCAAAGUGUCAACAAAGAGGAAAACUAGUUUAUCACAACCACCAGCAGGGAAAAACCAAAAAAAGGACCAGAAAACAGACGGAAACGCUGGAUUCGUUGUUUCAAGCCCGCCCAUCUGCUCACUUUUCUCGGUUGGUUCGGUGGACUGCGGCAACACUACAUCCACGUGCCUGCGACCGUAUGGUGUUUCUGCAAUGUGUGACCCCCUUGCAGUGCCUUCGGCGGGCAGGAUAAUACAGGACACCCAUCGCAGGAUCGUGCAACAUUCGUAGAGCUGUCGUCGGGGCCACAACGGUGCUUAGGAAAAUGCAAACAUAAAGUGGUGUGUGGUGUUUGGUGGUGUAGCACUGAUCCGGCAGAGAUUCGGACACCUUUGGGCACGGGAAAUAGGCCACAGUUGUAACAAAAAAAAGCUCCUCUAAUGUGAACACCAUCUCAAGACGACCUACCCCCUUCUGGUGACCUCCUCUGCAGUCAGGCCUUAAUCGAGCAGAAAACAGCGUCUUGCGCGUAUCUCGUCCUUGUCAGUAACCUCGCACGCACGCAUUCGAAAAUGUCCGGAAUGUAUGGUCACAGCCGUGAAGCGGUUCGGGUGAAAGUGAAGAAAUGUGAGAAAAACGUUCCAUCGGAAACGAGGAAGUUCAGCGUCGAUCCGCAGAUUACCAACCUCGAGGUGCUGUACUCGCUGCUGGCCAAAGCGUUCGAUUUGAAAACCGAUUUCGGCAUCAGCUACAAGGUGAUCGAAGCGAACGGACAGGAAAGCUAUCUCGUCGUACUGUCCGACUGGGAUCUGGAGGCCGCCUUCCUGCGGGCCCACAAUCAGUCGAUUGCCAGUAAAAGCGAACCGUGCCUGAACCUUCGCGUCGACAUUAAACCCUUCUCGGAGGCUUCGGAAUGGGACGGCAAUAGUACGGGCGGGGGACCGAGCAUACCGCGCGAGCUCGUCUCUUUGCAGCAGUCGAUCGGUGCCGGCCACAAGUACGUGCAGAACAAGCUGCCCGGCCUGAUCAUGAACCAGAUGGAGAAAACGUUCUCCAUGGUACAGCGAGCGUUCAACCUGGUCGAGGAUCCGUUGCUAACGCAACCAAUCAGGCCACCACUGUCGGAUGCCGAGUUUCGUAAGCUGCAAGAUUCGGUAGGUCAAAUAUUGGCCCCCGAGCAGUUGCGCAAGGUGAUCUAUCUCGGCGGAAUCGACCCCAGCCUGAGACGUGUCGUGUGGAAACACAUACUGAACGUGUACCCCGACGGCAUGACCGGCAGGGAGCGGAUGGAGUACAUGAAAAGGAAGUCAGCGGAAUAUUUUCGAUUGCGUGACGUGUGGCGCAGCACGAUGCAGCGCGGCAACAUUGUCGGUGAGCUGGCGUACGUUACAAGCAUGGUGCGGAAGGACGUCCUUCGCACCGAUCGGCUGCAUCCAUUCUACGCUGGCAGCGACGACAAUCAAAACAUUGCCGCCCUGUUCAAUGUGCUCACGACGUACGCGCUGAACCAUCCGGCGGUCAGCUACUGCCAGGGCAUGUCGGACAUUGCCUCGCCGCUGCUCGUAACGAUGGGCGACGAGGCGCAGGCCUACAUCUGCUUCUGCGCCAUCAUGGAGCGGUUGAGCUGUAACUUUAUGCUGGACGGGAUCGCGAUGACGCUCAAGUUUGCCCACCUGUCCGAAGCGCUGCAGUACUACGAUCCGGACUUUUUCGCCUACCUGAAGCACCACCAGGCGGACGAUUUGCUGUUCUGCUACCGCUGGCUGCUGCUCGAGAUGAAGCGCGAGUUUGCGUUCGACGAUGCGCUGCGCAUGCUGGAGGUGCUGUGGAGCUCGCUGCCACCGAUGGCACCGAAGGGCGAGCUGGCACUGUACGAGCGAGAGUACGAGCCGCCGGCACCGUCGGACGAGAGCGUCCAUCCACCGCCCAGCCAAAGCCCGUCGGUGAUGUUGCGAACGCCGCGCGAAAACCCCUACACGAAGGUGUGCGCCCUCCGGCGGCAAAGUUCGGCACUUUCGCUCAGCUCCUCCUGCUGCACCUCGACGAACCCGCUCGCCAAUCCGUCGAGCCGGUACGAUCGGUACGGUGGCGUUGGUGUGGGGGGGCGAUUGGAUGCGUCGCGCCGGCUCAACCUUAGCCUGGACGAGAACAUUACGCGCGAAAACAUUUACUCCACCAAGGUGGGCCACGUGCAGAAGGUUCACCAGAGCCUGGACGAGGCGAAGAUUGCGCUGGUGAAGCAGAGGAAAAUCGUCCGCAGCGUCGGGGACGAUGAUAACAUUCAGGAGGGAUUCGAAAUGACCCACUCGCUGGACCAGGGUGAGGACGAUAAUGCGACCGACGUGGAGGACAGUGUGUUCCAUUCGCCGCAGCAUCAGCUAAAAGCGAACAGCAGCAAAACGAAUCCCUUCAUCGAUGGGUCAAUGGAAAGCGUGUCGGCGCCAGAACCGCCGGCGGAAGAGUUGGAACGCCCCGCGGCGGAAGUGGUGACAGAAUUCAAACCAGAAUCCACAACACCCGGCACGAACAGCAGCAGUGCGGCUAGUAGUGUGCGAAACUCGCCAGUGAUAGGACGCAGCCGGAGCCUUUUCUCAACGUCGGCCGCAACGGGCAAAAUGAUCGCCCGCCAAUUAAGCAAUCAAAAGAAACACUUCACGGGCACUGCGGGCGGCGGUGGAACGGGAGGUGUGGGUCAUUUUCACGACCUGAAGGAAAAGCUUGCGGCAAGUCGGAAAGGCAUCUUUGCCUCGCUGGACAAAGCGCACAGCAUCGAGGGCGGUGGCGAGGGAGCCCCGGGUCGAGCCGGGAGCAAUCAGGUGGAAAAAUCGAAACCGAAGCUGGUGAAAAAUUUCAACGAGUUCCUUAACUUUGCCGCCAUGAACAAGAGCCGCAUCAGCGAUCGGCUGGUGACGAAAAAGAUGCUCACGAACGCGAGCGCCGUGGGAAGCAAUGCAAACAACAGCUGCUCGCUGGACUCAACGACCAGCAGCUACACGACGACGACGACCGGUGGCGGUGUGACGAGCGAAGUGUCGCGGGACGAUUCGACCGAAACGAUCGAGUACAACGAGCUGAAACCGAAGCCCGUUAUCAAGCUGACCAAAUCGUCGUUCGAUGAUUCCGACUCGUCCGCGACGAGUGUCGGCGUGGGGAUGGACUCGAUGGCCACAACGACGGCGCUUUCGCGCUCCAGCGACAAUAGCAGCUUUAUUGUGGACGAUAGCUCUGCCUCCGUGUCGCCGAUUCACAUCCGGCGGGAGGAACAGGAGCAACCGGCAGCAAACGAGGAUGUGGGGACGGAACACGCGAGCAUUGCGCCGGCAGUUCAUCGGCCGGUGGAGUUGUUUGUGGCGAGUGCUGGCACCGUAGCUGUUGCGCCGGUUGGGGACGGUAGCAGUCCGGACGAUUCGCAGGAAUACUUCCCAAUGACCACGUCUAUGACGCGAGAGUUGCGCAUGGAGCUGGAAAACCUCGAUCGGCAUGUGUUCGGUACGGAUUUCCACAGCAAGCAGCAGCGCUUCUAUACGCUUAACAGUUGCCUCGAUCUGGAAACGCCGCCCGAAAGCGGCGACUCCAUGGUGCCGUACUCCGACGGCCGACGGAUGCUUCCACUGGGCGUGGCGGCUGCAACCGCCUCCACUACCAUCGCGUACAGCAAGCUCGACAAUAAUGGCAGCCUGCCGCGAACGCUAGCCGCAACGAUGGAAAUUGAAUCAAUUGACGAAAUCUGUGAUCGUUCUCCGCUCGAGCAGGCGGGAGCGGAGGAAACGCGAGAAGACCGCGAGGUCGUGCGGUACCGGGAAAAGCCGGGCCGCCGGCGUACGGGGACAGGCGGUGCGACCGGCAGUGUGGUGAGCGAAAAUCGCGACAGCAAACGAAUCAGCACGUCCAGCGCAAACGUCAGCAGCGAUGUGUUUGUGUGGGAAAACCCGCUGCACCAGGAGUGUGGUGAUGAUGGCGAACCGGUAAGCCCGGUAUCGGGCGGUAUGAUUACCGGCGAGGUGACGCAGAUACAGCAGCGCACCGCUACCACCCCGGACGAACAUCCGGAGCUGGAGUACGAUGGGGAAAUUAUCGAAGAAACAACGCUGGGAAAGAAAUCCGUCACGCCGAUACGGUUGGUGCGGAAAAAUGGCGACCGGUCCGUACCGGGCUCGGCUCGAAACUCAAUGAUUCUGCCCGACUCUUCGGACUCUUCGGACGACUCGCCGCUCUCACGAUCGCCGGCUGCCGUUAAGUUUAAAUUCCACCCCAACAAUCCCUUCUUCGAUGCGGCCUCAAGCGCGAUCGAUAAUCGUCCGACGGCGCUGCUUCACCGACCCGUGAACGAUGGUGAUGGAGAGCUGCUGGAAGAGGGCACCGAAGCAUCCGUUGUAACUGGUAUGCCUAGCGCUAGCGAUAUCGCCUCCGAUCGGGAAGAUAUCGUAUCGAGGCAAACGCUAGCUUCACCGACAAUGAUCACCUCCCUUCCGCUGGAACCGAGCCCGCUCGAUGUGAACUUUGGUGAGGCUGGUGGUAGUAGUGCUGGUGGCCCCAUUCUAACAGCAGCAACCGCCAGCGCCGGUACCAUUCCGAGCAGCACGCUCCCAAGCAUGAAGGUGGCGGGUGUACUUCCACCACCGCAAGAGUUCGGCGGAGGCAAUCCGUUCCUGAUGUUCCUUUGCCUAACGAUACUGCUGCAGCAUCGCGACUACAUCAUGAAGACGGGCAUGGACUACAACGAGAUGGCGAUGCACUUCGACAAGAUGGUGCGCAAGCAUAAUGUGACGCGUGUGCUUAAUCAAGCUCGCCAGAUGUACGCCGAGUAUCGGCGGAUGUACCAGCAGCAACUAAUGGCGAGCAGCAGCAAUGCCGGCAAGGGCUCCGCCGGUCUUUCGAUGUCGAUGAUGGCAAACAGCUACCACGGGAGCCUGGGCGGUGGUAGCGUUACGGAUGCACUGGCACGGAAAGCAUCCGCACCGGAGGUUAGCUCGGCCCGAAGAAACACUGGCGGUGAUUUAACGCUCGUCACGUAAUUCGCGUGCAUGGAGGGUAAGAUGGUUUACAUAUUUCGAUUUUAAAACCUCUUUUAUUCGUGUGUGUUCCUUUUAUACAUAUAUACCUCUCUGGGUUUGGUAGUGGUAGGGGAAGAGGAAAUGUUUUACAAGACUUGUUACAAUGAGAUUUCAGUUAAGAUUAGGCUAACCGUACGAAGCAUAGCAUCGGAUGAGUUCAGAACUAUCCCCAUUAGACGGUAGAUAGUUGACUGAAUUUGCUAGCGAAUAGUCACCGAAUGAUGUUCCACGUGUACAGGGAUGCUGGCAUUUACACACAUAUGUAUUAUUUUAGUCUUUUUUAUCGAACUUAUUAUCUCUCUUUACCCCUACUAGAAAAGGAGUAUUUCGUUUGUUCAAUUUGUCUAAGUGCUUGGUUUUAUUUUCCCCAAAGGUUAUGGGAUAAGGCAAUAGAAUGCGUUCAAUUCUACGCGGGAAGAGUGGAUGGAGAUCGUGAUAUUUUAAUUAGAGAUACACUUAAUGCAACAACAAGCAAACAAAGAACACUAUCGUAAACGAUUCUAUAAGUAUAUAAGAACCGUUUUCAGCCGUUUGAGUUAGAAGAGGGUAAAAUAAGCGAACCUAAUCCCGGAACACAUUAAAUGGAAGCGCGGAUGGUUCCUAAAAAUGGCUUAAAUUCUCCAAUACAAACUCAAGCGUACACGGGAGGCAGCUUAAAACGGGGACACAUUAUUAGCCAGUUAAUCAAACAGUUCAAUAAUAAUAAUAAUAUGCCCGGUAUUUAUAGAUUACAACCAAACAACCAAGCACCCUUCUUCAACUGCCUGUACGCUUCUACUACUAUCAUUACUACUACUAUUACUACACUCGCUAUAUCCACCGAACACUUCCACUGGCACUUGCAGUAGGGAAGUCAUUACCUAUACCAAAAAGAAAAAGCAAAAGUUAAAGUUUGAGCAACCGAUAGCAUGAUUGCACGCCCAGAAACUGCAUUCGCGCAUAGAGCUAUUUACAAAGAAGGUACAGAAGGACAGAGUAGUAACGGCCGAAGAUAUUAGACACGCCUCUCCCGAGCAGAAAAAGCCUAUAUUACAACACGAAAGCCUGUAGAUAUAGAUAGAACUCGAUCCAAUUAUAAUAGCAAAGUGUAGCGUCCCUUGGCUCAUCCUUCAAUCCCUAUCAUUGCCCCUUGGCCGCAGCCAGAACUAUUUGUGCAAUGGAAAUGCCUCCAAUAAGAUACGAGGAACAGGGACAAGGAUACAUAUUAGUGCAGACACCUGUUUAGUGUGUGGCGUUAUCCUUUUUCCUCUCGAUGUGUUCUGUUCUGGGUAUUAUUGGAGUACUGUGCUCCGGGUGCUUUUAUUACUGCAACAAUGCAACCUUAAGCCUAGCGCCAUUACAGGGCUUUUCAGGGGUGUUCUGAUAGCUGUGGGAUACUUGCAUGACUAUUUCUGAUAGGAAAUCAACUGUAUAUGAUGGGAAUUGGACUCCAUGGCCAGACUCAUUGGAAAAUCCUAUAGGAUUCGUUCAUUUCGUUCAUUUCGUUUAAGACAGAGUCAUGAAAGUAUCCCACAACUAUGACAACCCCUGAAACCCCCCGUUACUCCACUGCAGCUAGAAGGUAAACAAUGCUCACAAAUUCUCCCCAAAAUCUGUGUGUGUGUGCUCUCUUUGUAGUGGCAUGUGUAUAUGUGUAUCGUUUAACAGGAUCCUUCUUUUUUUGACCGUGUGUGAUAGAACCGUGCGAACGGCGGGCUAGGUAGUGGCGAGGAUAGAAAACCCCACAUUCCACCAAUUGUUGUUGGCUAGUAUUUGUUGGAAAUAGUAUAACAAAAAAACAAUCAAUUACAUGUGUGUGUGUGCAGGCCCACGACAGGUGGCUCUUGGACGGGCAAAUACGGAAAGGAUAUACAGAAAACAAAUUGUAACACCACCUUUUAGUCGAGUCGGUUAGAAAAAGCGGGAGGGCAUCGAGGGCGAAUUUGUGGUGCCACACUAUCGUUUUAGCUUUUUCCUAUUUAAUCCAUUUUUUUAUUGAAAAAAACUCAUUCCACAGACACGCGACGAUCACGAUCUUUCGAAAGCAUAACCAUAUAUUUAUUCAAGCUGUUGUGGUACACGAUUUAACGACUUGCACAAAAAAAAUCGUCCCGUUUUAUCCACUUUUACGCGGCCUAUCGCAGCGAUCGUUUGGGAGAAAGUUCUUCAGCUAAACAAAAACAAAAAAUAAGAAAAUGAACUGCUAAAUAUUGAAAAUUAAUUUACCUAUGUCUAAAAUCAAGUACCGUAUCGCGCUCAAGGUAGCAUUUAUACAGCCACGAAGCGCAUGUAAAGGCGCCGAGCGGAGUUCGAUUCGCUUCUGAAUCGGACUAAACCCGGGCACUAAUACCGUGGUAUAACAUAAGUCUUAAUAAGCUUGUACACGAUUUCGGAGGAACUGAUCGACCGGUUAAACCUUUUUUUUUGUUUUCGUUACAUUCAAAAACAGAAACAUUCCGCUCUCUCUCUCCUUUACGGUCGGAGAAGAAGAGCAUUGGGAUGAAGCAGGUAAUAAAACGUAAUUAAAAAGUAUUAACGAAACUUUCGGCUGGAUCGGUGUCCCGAUCGCACCACACACACACACAUACAUACGAGCCCAGGCAUCUAUUUCUCUCACACAAUACCGUACUGCACAUGAAGAAUUGCAAUAAUAAAAGAAAAAGAAACAUAAUA